CACCCAGCAAAGAUGUUCACAAUCUCCAUCUCACCCUUCUCGCGCCCUUCCACUCCCGUCGAGUCGAACUACCCACCUUCNCCUCGCUCAAUCCUAGAAGAAUACUUCAUGGACGUCGAGGACAUCCAAGACAUUGAUGCCAUCUCAAUCGCGUCCUCGGUCUCGUCUUCAGUAUCAACUACAUCGCAAAAAGUGAUCAGCACUUUCAUGUCAGGGCUUUCGUACCCAAAGAGAAAGCUUUCGCAGCUUUUUGUUCCGGAAGUUGAUUUUGAUUUUACAUUCCCUAGUCUUGAGGAUGUCUUCCUUCUUGAUUGA